AAAACAAUCACACUCACUCUUCUUCUCUCUUCGUCUUCGUUAGUCCUCAUUUUGAUUUCGCCGGAACCCUAAUUCGAUCCGCCGGAAACUCCAAUGCUCCGGUGAGGCGGUGAGAGAGACUGAGUUGUUCGGGCUUUGGUUUUGCAGAUGAGCAGCACACGAUUGAGGAGCAGCUGAGAGGUCAACGGGGCCGGAUUUCGUCACCGGAUGGAGGGAGGUAGCGUCUCUACACUUCUUACUUGUUCUGGGAUUCACCCAUGGAUUAUGAUGACAAUGAUUGCCAGAAUCUUCAUUUAGCCGGUGAAGGGAGCAGUAAUUGUCCUCCAGUUUUACAGCCAUUUGGUCUUCCCAAGUUUGAUUUUGAUGACAGCCUUCAGGGGCAUUUGAGGUUUGAUAAUUUGGUUGAAACUGAGGUGUUUCUUGGCAUUGAAAGUACUGAAGCUGAUAACUGGAUUGAGGAUUUCUCUCGUGGGAGUAGUGGGAUAGAGUUUGGCUCAAGUGCGGUAGAAUCGUGCUCUAUAUCAAGGCGGAACAAUGUUUGGUCUGAGGCCACUUCCUCAGAGUCCGUCGAAAUGCUAUUGAAAUCUGUUGGGCAGGAAGAAAUAAUAACCCCUCAGACUAUCUUUGAGGAAUCAGAUGCCUGUAAGGAAGAGGGUUGUAUAAAGAAGAUGGAGCCAUAUUUGAAGAAUGAUGAUAACAUUCAGACCGAAACCGGGGAUGUUAGAGAUCUACAACAUUCUACUUUACUGCCAGUUGAGAUUGCCCGAACCGGCAUACAGGAUGUUGGAGAUAUGCCUCGGCUUGAGGAUGCUUUACAAACUCAGGGAGUUGAAUUACCAGUUGAUGGAAACAUAAGUGUGUUGGAUCCAAAUUCUCUCGGUGAUCUGCCUGUAACUACAGGAAGCCUGUCUGAAGAGAAAGGCAACGAUGUUGAUAAUAUGGAAUGUGAUAAUUUGGUUGAUUAUCCUCCAGAUAAUAAAUUGCAUGAGGAUUCAUCUUCAGAGAUGCAAGUUGAUAAUGUUAUGUCUUCUGUGCAAACUAUUAUUACCAGCAGUGAUGAGUUGAAUAGUCAAGAUGUUCCACAUCAUUUAAUGGAUAUUGGUGUAGGGAAUCCAGGUAGUCAUGUGGCAAGCAUAGAUGCUCAAUGUAGUAAUGAUUUAGAUAAACCACAGUGUCCAGUGUCAGAGGUGGAGUCUGUAGAAAAAGAAAUUGCAAAUGAAGAUACUGUCACUGACGUGCGGGAAGUGACCAGAAUUAUGCUGCAAGGGGAUUCAAUUCUACAUACAACAGGUGGAUGCAGUGAUAGAGAAUGUCCCGGAGUUCUUACUGAGACCAAUAAAUGUGAAGAUAUGGUAGUGCUCAAGGACACUGGUGUCGGUGGUGAUCAAUCUACAAUGACCAACACAAAUGAGCUUAGGAACAACCUUGGUGAAAUUUAUUCCAUCCCUGAUCCUAUCUUGAAAGUUGAAUCUAAUUUGCAUGCAGUGGACAAAUCCACUGACAGGGAAUGCCCUGAAGUUCUUGAUGAGACCAAAAAUUGUGAAGAAGUUAUCACUUUAAAAGAUACAGAUAUUGGUGGAGUUUCAUCUAAUUCUGACAAAAAUGACAAUGGUUGUGGCACUGAGCUCCACAACAGCAAUGCUGGACUAGUGUCUAGUCUAGAUCCUACCAUCAAUGGGGAUUCUAACUCACAUAUAGUGGACGGAUGCAGUGACAAGGAAUCCAGUGAAGUUCCUGCUGAUACCAACAAAAACGAAGAUGCGGUCCCGUUGAAGGAUACAGAUAUUGGUGGUGAUCAAUCUAAUAUACAUCCAUAUAACUUAUCACCAAUGGCCUACGGGAGUGACACUGGACAUGCAGUUGAACCCUGCAAUAGUGUUUCUGCCUAUGUAAGCCCUAUCUUGAGAAAGGGUAAUGGCUUACAUACAGUGGAUGCAAGCAGUGACAGGAAAUGCGCUGUUAUUCCUGCAGAGACCACGAAUUGUGAAGAGAUGGUGUUGUCCAAAGGCACAGAUACUGCCGAUCAUCAAUUUACCCCGAGCCUACAUGUUUCAUCUCCUGUAGCCCAAAAAAGUGAUACUGUGAAUUCAGUUGAGGAUGGGAACAUCAAUUCUGGAAAUUCUUCCGGUCUAGACCCUAGAUUGCAGGUGAAUUCUGGAAAGAACAGUGAGGAGGAUGUAUUAAAAAGUGGCGGACAACCCCCUGAUAGUAAAAUUUUGGUCAGAAAGACUGAGGCUUCUAUGACGGUCAGCAAGGAAACUGAUGUUUUAAAAGAAAAAAGUGAUGACACUAGGGAAGUCUAUUCUUCAGCUGAAAUGCCCAGUGAAAUGCAUGUGGCUGGAACUUCCAAAAGCCCUCAUGAUAAUAUUGGAGUUUCUGGUGAGGUAAUAAACGUAUCACCUUCUAAUCUGGGGGAGUCUGCAGAAAGGUGUUCCGAAAAUGAAGUUUACAAAGAAGGUGUGUCAGGCAAAUGUGAGCGGGAUCUCUCUUGCAGUGAAAAUGAUACUUCAAAAUCGCUCAUUGAAUCUAAUAGUAUGGAUGUGGAGCUUGUUGAAUCUGUUGGUAAGGAAGAUGGAUCAACAUUGAUUUAUGAAGAUUCUGCCGAAAAAGAGUUAAUUGUUCCAACUCUAAAACAUGAUGUUGACGACAGUGCACCAGUGGCUGAUGUUCCCCUUGAAAGUUGUGAUCUCGUUUCUCAUGGCACAACUGAUGCUAUUCCUUUGUCUUCUGAAAAUGGUGCAACCAUAUAUAUUCAUAAUGUAUCAGUGGAUCCUGCAGCACCUUCUCCUGCCAUGGGAUCACACUCAGACAAUAAAGGAGUUCCAGAAAUAUCUAAAGAUGCAAGUUUGUCAUGUACAGUGUCAUCACCUAUGGUAGAAUCUGGCCCAGGGCUUACUUGUGAAACUGAAAAAGGUGCUUCCUGUGAUUCUGCUGGACAACUGUUAUCAAAGAUGCUUGAUCAGUCUCUGCCAACUUCAGUUAGUUGCAAUACUGAAAACCAAGGUGAAUCCGGAACAGCAGUUGCGAAUGAAAUUGGCAAGAGAAGCACAACGGAUAUGGAAGCAAAAAUAGGUGAUGAUGCUGAAAGUCACGAUGGAGCAACAGAAAACAAAUCCACCGCAGAAGAGAAAUCUGAAAAGGCAUCAGCAAAUGUAACAGGUGAUGCUUUUGGAAAUUUUGAAGGUCCAAGUCUGUCUGCUUGUUUGCCCAAAUCUUGUUCCGAGUCUGCUGAUCUCGACCAGCCUGGUCAUGGUUCUCCCAAAGUUUUUGGAACGACUGAGAUGAUUGGUACUAAACAAGAAAGAGGCAAUAUCAAGGAGCCAACAAAUCAGAAUAUUGCAGAUACCGACAUAGUUGGGGAUAGCAGCAAACGUUCAUCUAAUUCCUCGAAUCCAGCUGGAAAUGAUGUCUCCAGAUUUCAGAGAAAUGUCACCUCAGAUGUCACUUCUUUUGCAGAUUUGCCUAUAGGAUUUUCUGCCAACAGCUCACAGCCCUUGCCUGCUACUUCUACUCCCAAAACUGUGGAGGGGUCUCAAACAAAUUCUGGCUCAGGCCAGAUAGAUGCAAAGAUCUCACAAGAAAUUUCUCGCGGAGGUGAAGGAGAGGUUGCAACUGGUGGUUCUAAAGGUACCAUAGAACGGAAAAGAAGGCGAGCAUCUAGUAAGGGAACGGGUAAAGAGAUUGCUAAGAAGGUAACUGUGAAAGCGACAACUCCUAUGAAACAAGCAGAUAGGGCAGACAAAUCUAGCAGUAUGUCCCUGGGGAAAUCUGGAAUUUUCCAGUUUGCACAGCCAAAUGAGAUGCAGUACUAUGGGUUUGUGGAUAGUAGCUCAAAAGCUUAUCCGAUUCAUGCUAGUUCAACAUCUAGUCUGCCAGAUCUGAAUUCCUCUGCUGCAGCAUCUCUAGUAUUUCAACAGCCUUUCACCGAUCUGCAGCAAGUGCAAUUACGUGCUCAGAUAUUUGUUUAUGGAGCUUUGAUUCAAGGAACAGCACCUGAUGAAGCUUACAUGGUGUCAGCAUAUGGAGGACCUGAUGGUGGGAGGAGUAUAUGGGAGAAUGCGUGGCGUAUGUGUGUAGAGAGGCUGCAUCGUCAAAAAUCCACUCCUGUUAACCUAGAAACCACUUUGCAGUCAUCCUCCGACCUGAGAUUUACAGGUGGUAGGGUUCCUGAUCAAGCUGUUAAACAAAGCACAUUCCAGGGAAAAGUUAUCUCCUCACCUGCUGGUCGAGCCAGCACCAAGGGUCUUCCACCUAUGAGUCCCAUGAUACCAAUUUCAUCACCACUUUGGAGUAUUCCUACCCCUGCUUGCGAGGCCCCUCAAUAUGGUGUGCUGCCGAGAAGUUCGGUAAUGGAGUAUCAGCAGACCCUUACUCCCCUGCAUCCUUUCCAAACAUCACCCAUGACGAACACUGUUGGACAAAGCUCUUCGUGGAUGUCACAGUCCUUGUUUCGGGGUCCGUGGGUUGCAUCCCCACAGUCAUCUGCAGCUGAAACCAAUAUCCGGUUCUCAGCAUUUCCUAGUACAGAGUCGGUGCUGCUGACUCCUGUAAAAGAAACAACUUCAUCACAAGUAUCUAGUAUUAAGCUUGCCUCAUCAGUUGUCACUGGUCAAACUGGGGGUACAACCAGUGUUUUUGCAGGGGUUUCUCCACUACUUGACCCAAAGGUGGGAGUAGCUUCACCUGCCGAGCCAUCUUCUCAACCAAAGUCUAGAAAAAGAAAAAAGAUCACAGAUUCUAAGGAAUUUGGUCAGAUUAGUUUGCAGCCUCGAUCUCAACCUGAGUCAGCUAUAACUCUUGCUGUUUCUAGUAGUGUAGCUACAUCUGUUGCAGUCACUACACCUAGUAUCUAUGUGUCUAAAGCCAUGCCAGAAACAUUUUCUGUCCCAGUAUCCUCCGAUCACCUCAAGAAUGCAGAUCUUGGUGUGUUGCAGAGGGCAACUUUAUCAACAGAGACCCUUAGUAAAGCAAAGGAGGCGAGGCAACAAGCAGAGGAAGCUUCUGCCCAUGCUGCUGCAGCUGUUGGUCACAGUCAGGAAAUAUGGAAUCAGUUGGACAAGCAGAAACAUUCCAGAUUGGCAUCAGUUGCUGAAGCAAAAUUAGCUUCUGCUGCUGUUGCUGUAGCAGCCGCUGCUGCUGUUGCAAAAGCUGCAGCUGCAGCUGCCAAUGUUGCAGCAAAUGCUGCAAUGCAAGCGGUACUGAUGGCUGAGGAAGCCUAUGGGAAUCAAAGUGAAAGUAUGAUGGAUUUGAGUACUGAUGGAGUGAAUGUGUUGGGAUUGGCUGCCCCAGGGACAGCUUUUAGGGCUGAGGAUGGAACAAACAGUUCGAGUUCAAUCCUUUCUGCUGCUAGGGAGGCUGCUAGAAGGCGGGUUGAAGCUGCAUCUGCAGCCUCAAAGCGAGCUGAAAAUAUGGAUGCCAUAGUAAAAGCAGCUGAGCUAGCAGCGGCAGCUGUAUCACAAGCUGGAACAGUUGUUGCUAUGGGUGAUCCUUUGCCGUUGAGCGAGUUAGCAAAGGCUGGUCCUGAAGGUUAUUGGAAAGCACCCCAAGUAUCGUCAGAGAUUACUAAGACAUCAAAUGACGGAAUGAGGGAACAGUUGAAUUUUUCCACUCUUGGUUCAGAAGAUUCAGAUAAGGAGGAAACACAGGUAUCUGCAGCUAAGAAAUCACCCACCGUCAAUGAAAGGGUUACUGAGAUUAUAACGUCUGCUAUGCCCAGUGCUGGGAAUAAUUUUGGAAAAACUGCUGAGGCAUCCAAAGAUAGCUGCAUUUUGGAGGGUUCUCAAGUAGAGGUUUUUAAAGAAGGGGGUGGAUUUGCAGUGGGCUGGUUCACAGCUACUGUAUUGAGUUUGCAGGAUGGCAAAGCUUGUGUAUGUUACACUGAGCUUCAGUCAGAUGAAGGCUCAGGGAAACUACAGGAAUGGGUGGCACUUGAGAGCAAAGAAGAUAAACCACCCAAAAUACGUGUUGCUCGCCUUCUUACCCCCUCUCUUGAAGGAACAAGGAAAAGGCGGAGGGAAGCAAUGGCAGAUUACGCUUGGUCUGUUGGAGACAAGGUUGAUGCGUGGAUACAAAAUAGCUGGUGGGAAGGUGUUGUGAUGGAAAAAAACAAGAAAGAUGAGACAAUACUUAAAGUGCACUUUCCAGCUCAAGGGGAAACAUCAUUUGUUAAAGCUUGGCAUCUUCGGCCUUCUCUGAUUUGGAAGGAUGGGAAAUGGGUCGAAUGGUCCAGUGUCCAGAAUGAUGGCUCUUCCAUGGAGGAUGGUUUGCCACAGGAAAAGCGAAUCAGAUUGGGCAGUCCAACAGUGGAAGGAAAAGGGAAGGAUACGAACUUAAAAAGCAAUGUUCUUGAUUCAGGAAAACCUGAAGAGCCAAGGUUGCUGAAUUUGUCUGCAAAUGAAAAGGUAUUUAAUAUAGGCAAGAAUACCAGGAUUGAGAAUAAGCUUGGUGGAGUCCGAACUAACCAGACAGGGUUGCAGAAGGAAGGAUCAGUGAAAUUUGGUAUUCCGAAGCCCAAAAGAAAGUUUAUGGAAGUUAGCAAGCAUUAUGUAGCAAAUCAGACGACUAAGGGCAAUGAGUCUAAUGAUUCGGUAAAAUUUCCCAAAUAUUUGAUGCCACAAACAUCAGGUUUCCGUGCAUUGAAAAGUACCUCUAAAUUUGAUACAAAGAACAAAGGGGUGGCUGAUAACAAGCUAAGGGGUUUUAGAUCUGUAAAGCAGCGUAAUAUAUCGGAUAAAACAGUUCCUCAGAAGGACAACUUUUCGAUGGAUUUGGAUUCUGCUGCUGAUGGCUCCAGUAAGAUGGACCAUACAAGGAAGGUCAAAGACUCUGUUAGACAAGCUGAGGGUCUAUCUGGCAAGCGCAACAUAUUUGAGAGUGGAUCAAGUUAUAUCUCAGAUGGAAGAGCACAUGGCUCAGCCGUAUUUUCUUCACGAAAUCCUGCAUCCGAUUUUCCUUCAUCCAAAAAGGUGGCCGCUUCAAGUGCGAAAUCUGAACGGGCAAAUAAAGGGAAUAUUGCACCAGCUGUUGGAAAGUUGGGUAAAAUUGAGGAAGGCAAAGGUACGAGUAGUAAUCCUGUAAAGUCAACUUCUGAAGUUGUCGAGCCACGUAGAUCAAACCGCAGAAUUCAGCCAACAUCAAGACUAUUAGAAGGACUGCAAAGUUCAUUGAGCAUCUCAAAGAUUCCUUCCGUUUCACAUGACAAGGGUCCCAGAAGUCAGAAUAGAAAUGCACCUAGAGGUGAUAACCAUGAUUGAGAGGCACUCUUGCGAUGACAGGUUCUGGUCAGAGGAACAUCGGUUUUUGAUGGCAAGGGAAACAUACCCAGCAUAUUGUGCAUAUUGAUCAUAGAGAAGCGUAGGAUGGAAACUUUUGCUUUAACGGUUGAAGGUUGAUAAAGAACUAGUCGGGGAUAGAUGUUCAUAGUGAUUUAGCCUUUGUUUGACAGUUGAUGGUCUUGUUAGGAUAGGUUGUAUAUGGAAAUUGUCCAUGUAGUUUGGCCUGUUGUAAUGCGAGGAAGUCUUUUCAGAUGAUCAUUAAAUUAUUAACCAGCAACUUGGUGGGAUCAUGGGAAUCAUCGGGUUCAGUGAUUGGUGUCAAAUGUUCUCCAAUCUUCAUAAACGUCGGAGUUUAGUUUAUCAAUAGUUUCCCCGCUCUGC